GAACACCCUGGCUGUGGAUUUCUGCCUUCAGACGGUGCCGGGGCGCACCGAAACACUCACGCACGGUACCUGAUCCCCGGACUGACUCUCCAGCCUGCCGUGCUCCACUGCCGGCUCCUCGCCGCUGUCCGCAGCCUCCCUCCAGUCACACAUCAGUGGGACCAGACACUUCCCGGAUAAAGUUAGGCGCGUUUGUGCAGGUGCAAUGCAGCAAAAAAGCUAAUUUUCUAUUUGCCUCCGCUGGUUUCGACGGUAGAUUAACCUGCAGUCAACUCAGGUUUCCUGAGAGUGGUUACCUCUUGUCAGCUUCCCCAAGAAACAGAAGAUUAGUGGAGGAAACAUUGGAGGGACACUGGGAUGUUCAGACUAUGCCAGCACUAAAAGAACAACAACCUGUGUGUUAGCAGAACAUUACAGAAAGAGGAGCACUUUACAGCAUAAUGUAGUCUUUCUGACUUCUUCCAUGCAACAUCUUUGCUUGGCUGAUUUCACUGGCCGAGUGUAGAUUAAAGGACCAAUGGAGCAGGACGGGGAGGAUCUGAACCUCUCUUUUCUGCUGGAACAUGAAAGAGAUAUGAUUCUGAAGGUGCUGCAGAAGGAUGAGAAAUUGAGGAAACGAGAGGAGAAGAGGAUACGGAAGCUGAAGAAUGAGCUGCUGGAGAUCAAGCGAAAAGGUUCCCGCCGGCCGCAGGAGCUGGGGGAGCGACAGUGCGCUCGCUGCCUGAAGACUUUGGGCCUGAUCUUCGAACGCGGAGAUCUCUGCUUGGAGUGUCAGCAGCGCGUCUGCAGCGACUGCCGUGUUAAAACUCCCAGUACACGCCAGUGGAGGUGCAACGUUUGUACCAAGAUCUCGGAGCUGAAGGUGGUAACAGGAGAGUGGUUCCUGGAGGAGCGGUCCAAGCGCUUUGAGCAGGGAGUGCUGAGCAGUGACGUGAUCAAACAAACAAUCAUGAGUAGCCCAACCACCACGGACAAAAAGUCUACAGAAAACCUGUCAGCCCCUUCUGAGUCAGAGAGACCCGAGGCCCCAAGAUCCAACAGAAGUGCAAUACUCAACGCUGUGGACGGUGCCAGGAGGAAAGGAAGGAUGAGGAUGGAUAAAAAAGGCAGCCGACCCACCUUGAAGCCAGAGAACGGAGUGGACAGCGUCAAACCUGCUUCAGAUGGAGAUGCUCAAAGCGUUCGCUCUGCUCCAAGUCCACGUUCAAACAGGGGCAGUGCGGUGGCCUUGGAGUCCUCAGGGAUGCCCACGGUUCCCAACAACUUGCGCUCUCAAACUCCGGACAGAUCCUACACUCCCAGCGACAACCGGAGGGUCAGGCCUGACGGAGCGGAGAGCAUUGCCAGUUUACACUCCAGCGACAGUGCGUCUGAGAAAAAAGCUGGCGGCCAUCACAGGACGAUCUCGGGCACCCCAGCCAUUUCUGUGUCCAGGGCUUCGGUUUCUUCAGAUCACAGUCGCUCAGAGAUGGACCUGUCAGCUCCUGGUUAUGAACCCAGUGAUGAUACCUUCAGUCUCAGGAGCCGUUCGGUCCCCGGGCUCAACGAAACAGAGUUUUCUGAUGAGGAUGCAGAGGAAGACAUCGAUGCCCUGAUGUCGGCUCACAGCAAGACUGCCACCCGACGCUUCAGCAACGCAGUGUCAACGUCUUCCACUCCCGGCUCAGAGAGAAGGUGGGGGUACCUCAAUGUCCCUGACUCGGAUGCUGAGACUAGUAGCAUAAACAGCCUGAUGAGCAUGUACAGUGAGACUGGUGACUAUGGCAACGCCAGGGUGAGCGGUGAGAUCCUACUGAACAUCAGCUACAGCUACAAAACCGGUGCUCUCAAUGUCCUGGUGAAAGAGUGUCACAACCUGGCAACAGGGGAUGAGAGGAGGCAACGCACCGACGCUUAUGUGAAGACUUACCUGCUGCCAGAUAUGUCACGACAGAGCAAGAGGAAGACGAGCAUCAAGGCCAACACCAUUAAUCCCGUUUUCAAUGAGACUCUGAGGUACGUGAUCAGCCACUCGCAGCUGGAGACUCGAACCCUGCAGGUCUCUGUGUGGCACCACGACCGGUUUGGACACAACAGCUUCCUGGGAGAGGUGGAGCUGACCUUUGACUCCUGGGCGUUUGAUUCCCAAAUAGAGGACUGGCACGCUCUGCAGCCCAAGCUGGAGAACAAUAUAGACUCCACGAUGCAGUAUAAAGGAGAACUGACUGUCGUGUUGAAGUACAUACCUGCAGAGAAGAACCUCACGCUGCCUCUGGACCAAGUACAAGUGAAGAAAGGGUUCCUGAAAGGCAAGAAGACGAGCAGCUUCACUCUGCCCAAAGGGGGCAUGGUUGAGCUGCUGGUCAAAGGAGCCAAAAAUCUAACUGCUGUCAAGUCUGGAGGCACUUCUGAUCCUUUUGUGAAAGGAUACCUCCUCCCUGACAGCAACAAGUCAACCAAGCACAAGACAGUGGUGGAACGACGCACUGUGAACCCGCAGUGGAACCACACCUUCACUUACUGUGGUCUGCAGCCAGGAGACCUCAACAACGUCUGCCUGGAGCUCACUGUGUGGGACAAAGAAGCCCUGGCCAGCAAUGUCUUCCUGGGAGGAGUCAGGCUCGGAGCUGGCACUGGCAAAAGCUACGGGAACGAUGUAGACUGGAUGGACUCAUUCGGGGAGGAACAGCGGCUGUGGCAACGCAUGAUUGAAAACCCAGAAGUCCCUCACGAAUGUACUCUGAUGCUGCGAUCCAGCAUGCGCAAAUGCAACACAUGAGGCGGACAGAAGCACAGACAGAGAGGAUAAAAGAGAAUAACAGAGGGAGAGGAGAAAAAGAAAGAAGUGAAGUGAAAGCAUUAGGAGAGCGCUGGAGAAGUGGAACAGUCAAGAAAAAAACAAAACAGCAAAGGGUCCAGGACUCAAACGCUCAUAAAGGAACAGAGACCAUCUCUCUCACUUCUUCUUUCCCCCUGAGAUACCCCUGUUCAGAUCCCUUCUCCUGUCCAGAACAGCCAGUCAUGCCUUACACAAUCAUCUACAUGUGCUCCCUUCUGCCCCCAAAGCAUCUAGUCUUGACCAAGCACUGCUGCUUAUUGCUGUAUAUGAAAAACGUGUGUUGUAUGUAACUUACUGAACCUACCGAAUAAGCACACGGUGUGACUCCUGAUGUGUCCAUCUUCGUCUCUGUGAUUCAUGUACAUACAGAGUCAUAUCUGCAUGUAGUUACAGCUGACGGAGACCAUUUCUAAGGCAUUAGAUGAGGCACUGAUCAAUAAUGUAGAGACAUUCCCUUUAUAAGCAACCAAGCUUAACCCAGGUCUGAAGCACAUGAUGAUGCUGAGAUUCAUCCUCUUAUAAAUAGUUGUGUACAGAGGUGGAAAGUGACUAGUUCUUGUACUACUCUUCUUACUCAAGUCAUUGAUGCAGAAUGAUUAUCACUUGUGAGGAAAAUUACUUUUUUAACCAUUUUUAUAUCAAUCGCCAGUUGUUUCUUUAGCACCGUCAUCAGUACUUUGGUUUUCGAACCAAAAACCUGCAAAAUGAAUGACAUUCCCAUCAGCCUCAGCUGUACUUUAUGUGUAGUACUAAUUAGCAAAUGCUAGCAUGCUAACAGGCUAAAGUAAGAUUGUGAACACGGCAAACAUUAUACCUGUCAAUACCUCUUAGCAAUUAGCUCAAAGCUCCACUGUGUGUAUGUACAGCCUCACAGAGCCACUAGCAUGGCCAUACACUCAUGGCCAUUAGUGUUGUUGCUUGAUAAAUGAUUAAAUCAGUUAAUUGAAAGCAAAAUUGAUGGAAAUUUAUUUUCUGUUGAUCAACUAACCGAUUAACCAACUCUCAGCACUUAAAAAUAGUACAAGUUCUUGAAAAAUGUACUUGCAGUGACAAGAGUACUUGUUACUUUCUACCUCUGGUUGUCAAAAGAAAAAAAAAAUCGAGACAGAUUACACAAUUUAGACAAGCUUCAAUGUAAAUUAACAUAACACUGUAUCAGUGUGAUAAUAGAAACUGCAUGGUAUUAGAGAAAACAGGUAGAAGAACAAAAGGUUAUGUAAAGCACUGAUAAUGACAUGACUUUAAACUCAGAAGAGAAAUUUUAAGUGCAUUCCCAGGAACCCUGAGACGGGGGCUGUGUGUUAUAGAGUGAGUCAGCACUGAGGCGAGCUGCCUUCAUCUCAGGGGGAGCCUAAUAAUGAGCCAGUGACAGUCACCUUGUCCCUGUCGCCCGGGGCUCUGCGAUCCACCAUCCUGUGAUGAGUCACGCAAUUCACAAAAAACAAUUCUCAAACCCUGUACUACCAUUUUUUCAUGUGGAAUGCCAAUUUUGUCUGCUUGUCCUUGGCAAUUCUCUGCUCUGAACUCCCAGAGCAAAACAGUUUCACACUGCACAAUUAUAGUAAAAAUACAUGGUGAUCACUGUACAGCAUACUUUAGAUGAGAGGCUCGUGCAAUACCUGAUUACUGAAGAAACUCUUGAUGUACAGCAUGUACUUUCUCUGUUGUGUCUAGUUUCCAAGCAUCAAACUCACUGUAUCCAAGUCUAUUUUGUCCUAAAUGUGUUUCAGGAAUAUUUUGAAAUAAACACAUCUUUCCAUAGA